AUGACCGUCAAGAUCUACCCCGAAGGCCCUAUUGGCAGUGCAUUACUUUCGAUCAACCGCUCCGGCGUGGCAGGAAGCCUAUUCGAAUGCUAUGGCAGAGUGGUGGCACAGUGUCCCCGUAAUUGCAGAUGCCGGAGCGACCGUUCUCUCGGCCACCAGCAAGGCGCUUUUACCUUGGAGAGUUUCACAGCCCGGAACAAAACCGCCAGCGAGGUGUCUGAUAUGCUGGGUCCCUUCCUCUCCUCCUUGGAUGCCCUUAGAGUUCCAUAUAGCGCCUCAACCUAUGUCACACCCACCUAUUACGAACAUUUCAACCAAACUAAUGGCCCACUGCCGUACGGGAGCUGGCCAGCCUCCAUGCUAUUCAACAGACGUCUCGUCUCCCGUGCUAUAACCACCGAUUCUGAGCGAAUCAGAAACUUGACCGACACGAUACAAGACGUGGUGGACGACGAUGACGAGGCCCCAUGGAACUUCGGCUGCAUGGCUCUUAACGUGAAGAACGUUACCCACCCAGGUAAUGCGGUCAUCCCGUACUGGGGUGAUGCGAUCGCAAUCUGCAUUACUAUUUCGCGCUGGAACUGGACCAUUCCGCGCUCCAAAUUGCUGGCGCGAAAAGAGCACUUGGCCGAGGUGAUCACUCCUGCCAUCGAGACUGCUACUCCUGGAUCGGGGGCUUAUUUGGACGAGGCGGAUCCCUAUGUCUAUCCUCCCGACAGUCUGUCGUGGCAGAACAUGUUCGAUGGGUCCAACGGCCCCCGGCUUCGUCUGAUCAAGGAUAUAUGGGAUCUUGUUAUCUAG